CAAUAUCCGCAGCCAUGCGCACACCAUACCGCGUCGCGCAGCCUCAACUAGGUCGAACAAUAUCCCCCAUUUUGUUGAUGUUUUUCACUACAUCGACAUCUCACUCUCUCUCUUCUGCUCAAUGCAUAUAUGCGAGAAUCGCCUGCAGUGUACACGGGCCAAAGAUGGUCGUUAUACACCAAUCGUUGAUUAGUUUAUCUCUCUCACCCGCGUGCAGUUUGCAUUUACGCGUGACGGAUCAAGUGCGGAGCUGUUGAGAAAAAUUUCCGUCGACGCCAUGUUUCCCCGUAAACCUGACAGUGUAGUUGCAGUUUUUCCUUCUGUCAUGUCACGUUAGCGCUUUUUAGCGUAAUGAACUUUUGUAAAAAUUUGCAUUCCUUAAAGACGCCACCGAGUGAACAACGGUCGUUGCGAUUUUGAUGAUUGAAAUUCCGGUCACAAUGACGACAUUGUCGGCAUCGCGCGAAUUUCGCCAGUAUGACCAUGCUGGUCUCAGUGCGGGGGUGAGCAGCUCCAGUUGGGGUGUUUUGACGACAAUCCGUGUUCUGUCGGGUCUGCAGAUCGCGCUGGGCUGCGCCAGCCUGAUAACACAAGGAAUUUUUACUGGUAUCAUUCUGCUGCACCUCCAACCGGAAAUGCGCCACUUCCUCCUGUCCUUCGGCGUCUGGGCAGGCCUGCUCUUCCUGGCCACGGGGGUCACCGGGCUCCGGCUGCGCAAAUCGCACUUCCUCCACCUGCCCGAUCUCAGUCAGGACAGCAAGCACAACCGCUGGCGCACCGCACUCCCCACCGCCUACAUUGUCCUCAACGUCCUCAGCGCCCUGGCCGCCGGCGCCCUCUUUGCCCUCAACAUUGUCCACCUCCUGUGGCUGGGCCAGCGACCUUUCUUCUAUACCCCGCAGUUCAUCCUCCGCCACGCCGACAUCUACCUGUACCAGCCCCUCACCGGGGUCCUCGUCGCUUUGGGUGUGGUCCAGCUGGUGGUCAGCACCAUCGCCGCCAGUUUGACCGGGAGCAUCCGUUUCCGGUACGGGAAGUACGGGAGUCGCUCCAAUAACUCCUCCCUGCGGCGCAUCCGCAGCUUUAUCGACUACCCGAGCUCCACGCUGGGUUCCCAACGCGGCGGUGGGGAGACGGGACGGAGGGUCCGCUCGUACUCGCAAUCUUCGUUGGUCCAGCCCCCGGUGCCGCUGCGUAACGCCCCGACUUCCAGUAAUCGAAAUCGGGCGUUUUACGCCACGAGCGGCGGAAGUGGGAUGAUUCCGGUGCUGCCGCCACCUCCGUCCUACGAAGACGCCUGGGAAGGGAUUGAUCUGUGUCGGAGCAUGCGGCAGUCACGUAGUCGCAGCGCCUCCCGCGAACGGGUGCCGGCGCGCGGGCAGGAGAACGGCCGCACUCCCACGGCUGGCAGUAUGACGCGUUCCCGGUCCGGAGCUCCGCUGAUUGCGCGCGCUAGUUUUUGAUUGAUGUUUUAGCUUGGGUCCUCCGCACAUUUGUUUUUUGUCCUUUUUUUAGUUGUAGUCUGUGAUUUUGCAUUUGCGGGGCUUGUUUGUACCGGUUUUUUGCGGAGAAUAAUUUACAGUGUGCCCGUGGCAAUCACGUUGAAAAAUUUCCUGAUGCGACCAAAAACAACUUGAGGCAUCCUGUCAAAAAUUCUCAACUUUUAUGAAUAGUUUAUUCUGUGAAGAUUGAUUAAGUACAUGCAAAGACUAAG